AUGAAGAUUUACAAACCUGGCGACUUAUUGCUGAUGGUCUCAUUUUACGAUGCAAUGAAGUUUCUAAUGUUAUAUUCUAGUCACAUACUACUCGAAGAAUCUGAACAAACAUUCUUACAGAUUUGCGAACGAACCAUCGGCAGUAACCCAAAAGUGAGGGCUUCCCUCACAGUUUAUUCCAGCAGCCUGCAAAUUGUUCAUGACAGAAAGCUCAGGUUUAGUUAUCUCGCGAUUAUUUACCAUCACAUUAGUGUCCCCAUUGCUAGCAUCCCGUCUAAUUUGGAAACCAAGGGCCAGCUGGGGACUUAUAAUCUGGCUCGGCCUAAGCUUCUUUGGAGGGUUCCCACAGCUUUGCAACCCAAACAGCUCCUUAACCGACAGAGGCUUGCGGUUCACAAACACCAGCUGAGGUGGCAGCUGGUUCGCCUCGCACGCCACCUCAUCACUCAUAACCCGCCUCGCCACGUCAUCGCCCAGCAUACUUUGCCCCACACACAAUGCAAACUUCCUUUACCGAAAAACGGCUCGUCUUUCCGCAUUUGUGGCACGACCCCUUUUUUACGCCGCUGCCUAUAUCGCUGUCUUCCUCCGAGUCAUCUUCUGAUUCUCGAUAGUCCAAACUACUCGACAGCAGGGCAUUGGGUUCGUGAGGGGAGUCGGAGCUUGAUGUUCCGGGAUGGACCCUGGCCAAGUACGCGAAUUUACCGAAAUGCCCUCCGCCCGAGUUCAGCUCCCCUGAGGGUCGCUUUUGACUAUGGGUUGAAUAACUGGGAGUGGAAAAUUGUUGGGGACUGCAGAAUUAUCGGCCAUGGAUGCUGUUGGAAUUUGGCGAAUGUCGAUUGGGGCCAGUUUGGGAAUUUCGCGGCUGAUAGGAGGGCCUUUGUACUCCAUCGCGAAAGAAUAAUCGAAGCUGUAAUCGUCAUCGGAAUCUGCAGCUCUCGAGGAUGA